CCAAAUUCAAAAAACAUCACCUGCCGAACCAUAGUUGAGAAUAAACAAAAAGAAAAACCCACACCAAACAUAGGAAACCAAACCAAACCAAACCAAGAGGGGAGAAUCUCUCUGGUUGUUUGAGUUUCAAGCCACCCUUCCUCUCUCUCCUUUUCUUUCCUCAAUGAACAUCCUCACAACAAAAACAAAACCACCACAAGGUUUCUUUUCUUCCUGUGCUUGAACUCCACAAAGCCAAGGAAGGAAACCAAACAAAACCAAACCAAACCAAACCAAAUAUCCCUUAUUUACCAACUUGUUCAACCUGUAGUUUUUCCUUGGAAUAUGGUUCAAAGAAAGGUGCCUAGCAAGCUUGGUAUCCAAGAGGAACAUGUUAAAUCAGAUAGGAGGUUGGCAAACAUGAAGCUAUCUUUAUCUCAGCACCAAGAUGGAAAAAGUAGAGGAGCUGAUAUGAAGAAGAAAAUGAAAAAAUCAAGGUCAAUAAAGCUUUCUGAUCUUGAGGCUCUUCAAUCGACACCAUCAUCAUCACCACCUUCAACGAGAAGCUUAUCUCAACCAGGAAAGCCACCCCCUCUUCAUGUUCCAGCAACUGCAGCAUCAGCAACAACAUCAACAUCACCACAGAAGCAGCAACCUUUGUUCAGAACAGUAGAUGGUUCACCCAAUUACAUGAAGCCAACAAGCAGCUCUCAUGCAAAAAAGGAGCUUUUCCCGGUAAGCCACAGGAACACUCAACCUGGUUCUGAUUUUAAGAAUCUUCCAAGAAAAUUUUCCAGUGAUUCCAAAUCUGCCUGUGUUAAAAAACCAACAAAAGCGUUGACUAGAUCAUCUAGUUUGAGUUUGGUGAGAACAUUGACAAAAACCACUAGUUUCAAGGCUUCUAGAGCUUGCUCUAGAAAAUCCCCCAGGGCUGUUAUGUGUGCAGAUAUGAGUGCACCACAUAGAGCCACUUGCUCUUCAACUUUGAAGGACUCAAAGUUCCCAUCAUUUCUCAUGCUUAACCCUGGGGGAACUGAGUCAGAGGGCACUUCAACCAUGAAGGUUUGCCCUUACACAUAUUGCUCUCUUAAUGGUCAUCACCAUGCUGAUUUGCCACCAUUGAAGAGCUUCAUGUCCGCGAGGAGGCGCCUUUUGAAGACGCAGAAGCGCGCAAAGCUUGAAGCUCUUAGCCCUCGGAAUCUGAAGGGUGCCCUUGAGGCAGAAAAGGAGGACUCUGAUGUUGAGCAUGAGCUGAAUGUCUUCGAUGCAAAACCUGCUUGUGAUGAAAUUGGCAUUGAUAUCUUCAUUGAAAUCUAUGCCAAUGAGAAGGAUGCAAAACCUACAGGAGAAGAACAAAUGGGGAAAAUAGAUUUUCUCAAAGAGAUUGAGGAUCAAGAAGAUAACAAGUCCAUAAUUGAGGAUAAUGGCAUAGCAACAAGUGAAGAGGGUGUCAUGCAAGUGAUUUCUCCAAAAGUUAUAGGUAUUCCUUGUCCCCAUAUAUCUGAGAUUGAUCUUGAGGAGGAUUUCAAAAAAUCCCUUGAUGAUGUUGCAAUUGAAGUAGAUACCAAAGGGAGCUUUCUCCAAAAAGAAAAUGCAGAAGUUGCAGCAGAAGAAGAUCACCAACCUGUUGUCUGGUUUCAUGAAGAAAUGAGUAUGGGAAGUUACUGCAGUGAUGGGGAACAAGACAUGGAUGAUUCUGAUUUCAAAACCUAUGAUAUGGAGUGGGAGGAGGAGCGAUUGUGCGGAUUUGAUCAUGAAGAGGAUGCUGAUUCUUCUGUGUACACAGAAGACUCAAAAGUUGAGUCCUCAUCAGAGAUUUCUCAUGAUGUGUCCGUGACAUGGUUAGAUGAUAUCCUUGGUGGCUAUUAUGAGAACUUUCAGGUUGAUGAAACACAAAAACAAGUCAAUUCAGAAGAAAGCACCUACUUUGAAGAACAACGUAAUCGCAUUAGUUAUGUUCUUGAGGACGCAAGUGGAAGCACCGAAACUCAAGAAAUUGAAUACUCCUCCACAGAAAUGGGUUGUGACCAAUCUUCUUUUACAGAGGAAAUAUUUAAGUACCUUACAAAUGCACAAGAUUAUGGUGGAGAAAAUAAAGAACUUGUGGAUGAUGAGGCCAGUUGCAACAUGAAGGCACUUGAUGAAGAGAAAGAGACAAUUGACAAUUCUCAAUGUCAGAAGAUGAGUGAAACAUGCAAAAUUGAUGAGGCCAGUGAAGAUGGAAACUCAAGCAGCCUAGAGAACAUUGAUGAGAGCAACAAAGGGGAGAGGCAAAUUGAGUUGGUUGAAGAAAAAGACCAAGUCAAAGCUAAAAGGUUCCAAAGCACAAGUGACAAAGGUGGUGAAGAAGAAAGCACAAGCAAGAAUUGGAGAGGUGCAAUUAGGAGAAAAAGGGGUGUUGAAGAUGAUGAUGAAAUGAGAAAGUUCAACCCAAAAGAACCAAAUUUUCUGCCCUUGGCUCCUGAGCCAGAACAAGAAAAGGUUGACCUGAGGCAUCAAAUGGUGGAUGAGAGAAAGAAUGCCGAGGAUUGGAUGCUUGAUUGUGCACUCAGACAAGCUGUCACCAAACUUGCCCCAGCUAGGAAGAAGAAGGUGGCACUGCUUGUUGAAGCCUUUGAAACGGUAAUGCCAGCAGCACCCAAAUGUGAAACCAAUGCGAGAAAAAAUUCAGCAUUUGGACAUGCAGGACGAAUUCAAGCUUGUAGCUGAUGAAUGCUGCUUAGAUCAACCAAGUCAAAGUAUUGCUUGCACUCAAAGCAUAACCAAACCUCCGAGGAGUAAUGUGCAUGGCCAUUGCAACAAGUAAUUUUUGGUCGGGCAUCUCCACCAUUCUCAUAAUGGAGAAACUCUGCUUGGAGCAUUGAGGGAUAUGUGAUUGUUGAACGAAGAGUGAAGCUCAAGAGAGGAAAUUUAUGGUUACUAUUUAGUUACAUAGGUUUGCUUUACAAAAAAAAAAAAAAUGUUUGCUGAACAUUAAUUAUGUGUUGUAUACUUUGUUAUGUUUGUAUCUGACGCACGAAUAUAUUUGUGUUAUAAGAUUCUGUUAACUUAUUAGUUGUAACAAAACCGAAUACCAACUAAUUAUAAUGUACUAUGUAAUAUUUAUUUUUUUUUA